AUGGGAGUGGCUGGUGGAAGUAGGUUGCGGCGGUCAGCCGCUGGCCGUGAGCGUAGGACAGAACUGGCUCAUUGGACAAGGGUAUUGGCAAUGAGAGAAUUAGAUAUCUGGAAGGCUGCAGAAACGAAGCUCCAAGAGAUCAGAGAGAGAAAAGAAAGGUGUGGACGCUCAUUGAGAGCAGCUGCUUUAUCUGCCCCAAUUGAAGCUGGAGAGGAAGAUGACCUGGAGGAUGAUGGAGAGGAAGAAAGAGAGGCUUGGUUAGCUACCAUCUCAUUGGCUCUCUGCAAGGCGUUUGAUCUUCUCGACAUGCUAAAGAAGGAAGAAGAAAUGCUUCUAGCUGUAAAGGAAAGGAAGGCAAAGGUUUGGUAUGACCACCUUGCAGUGGUACUACCUCUCAGAGAUGCAACUCUAGAAACCAGUUCAGGAGUCAAUAUCCUUUUUGUGUUGACCAGUUCAGCAAGGACUUAUACAUAGUUGCAUGGAAAACUAUUUCAAUGGUUACUGAUUAAGCAAUAUACUGGUUGAGAGUGGUAGAUAUGAAAUUUAGGAUAUAAACUUCAAAGGAAACAAUGUUGAUUCCGGCGCAUGAAUGAAAUGGAUAUUGGAGAUUUCUUUCUGCCGUUAUUAAAUAUUAUCUUAGCCGUAUUAUAGAAAUGUCUAUAAAGUAGAGUUUGUGAGUUUGUGAUGCCACAUUUUCCGUGACUGUGUUGAUUUCAUAAACUUUAUAUUUUGAGAUAAUGUUGUUUUAAUAUUGGUAUUUAAUUUUUACAGUACUGUUA